AUGAUCCGAGCGCAUUACGUGAAAAAAUUUGCGGAUAAGGGCAAGCAUAAGCGGCGCGCGAGUCGCAGCAGAAGCCCGCAUGAUGGGGCCGAAAAAACGCGAGGAUGGCGGCUGAUGCAGAAGGCGUUGCCCAAGAUCAUCGACUACGGCCGCUCGGAGGGGAUUUUGCAGUCGAAGGGCGAUGGCGGUACUCCCGGCCUGAACAUUACCGGCAUUGUGCUACAGGCCACUGAAGAGGCCCACACGGUCAAGGAGCCGAAAAAUGGAGAUAAAGUAAACCUGCCUACGAACGAUAUUACGACAAUGCACGAGGCGAUACCAUUUUUGCCGGUUCCGGUGGCGCUGUUUUGUUUGGUCUUGAACAUCGUAAUCCCCGGCUCGGGCACGAUCAUUUCUGGUGUCUGCGCGCUGUGCAUGGGCCAACCGCGCAUUAAUAUGAAGGAGGGCAGAAAGUUGACCACAUUAUUAAUCAACUUUCUCGUCGGGACCUCCCAGUUCUUCACGAUCACCUUUUUCCUGGUCGGUUGGUUCUGGAGUAUCGCGUGGGGCGGGUUGCUGAUUAUACAUUCAAUGCAAUACCGUGACGCCCUACAACAACGCCGACAAGAGGCCGUCGCCACCGCAGCUAUUGAAGCGCUGACGAAAGAUUCGAUUCUCCACCGAAGGGACGUCAAAACCCUCGUCAAAACGCAUAAAGAACAGACAAGGAUUAAUAAA